CUUCAGUACUUCGGAACGCUUCAUUUGGCCAUCACCAGUAUUAUAUCUAAAUCUUUCACUUUCCUGUUGCUAAUACAAUUCUAGUCUUUCGGUAAUGAUUUGCUUCCAGACUAAUGCCAUUACCGUUUCUAACAGUGAUGUGCGCACUCCUUGCGUAGCCUCAGAUUUCACUUCCUGUUUACGUUCCGUAAAUGACGUCACGUCGAUAAGGUUAGAGAAACCGUUUCAAAACCUAAACAGCAGAGAAGUUGAAAAAUAUCCCCUCAUUACUGAAACACGUCCUGCCCCACUUGCAGACUGGAGCUCCGGUGCGAGAGCGGGACGUACGGUUUGAGCUGUAUCGCUCAGAUUUAAGAACGAAGCAAGCUAGCCGGGCUGCUAAGCGAAGCUAACGCUAAUAUUUGAAAGCUAGGUAUUUGAAAACGAAAACAAUACAACUUCAAGACAGUGCCCAGUUUCUUCAAGGAUGGAGAGCAAAUACAACCUUAAGAGUCCAGCGGUGAAGAGGCUGAUGAAGGAGGCUGCUGAACUGAGGGAUCCCACAGAGCACUAUCAUGCCCAACCACUAGAAGACAAUCUCUUUGAGUGGCACUUUUCUGUUCGUGGUCCUCCAGACUCUGAUUUUGAUGGUGGGGUUUACCACGGCAGGAUCAUACUUCCCCCGGAAUACCCCAUGAAACCUCCCAGCAUCAUCCUACUCACACCAAAUGGGAGAUUUGAAGUUGGGAAGAAGAUUUGUCUGAGCAUCUCUGGCCACCAUCCCGAGACCUGGCAGCCCUCUUGGAGUAUUCGCACUGCCCUCAUAGCUAUAAUUGGAUUCAUGCCAACAAAAGGAGAGGGUGCCAUUGGAUCUCUCGAUUAUACUCCUGAAGAGAGGAGAGCCCUUGCCAAAAAGUCCCAGGACUUCUGCUGUGAGACCUGUGGCUGUACCAUGCGCUCUGCCCUCCUGGAUCUAACCCCCAAUAGCAACCCUGGUGCUGAAGACCAUACGGCUAAAGAACUGGCUCAGCAAAUCAACUUUAAGGCAGAGUCCAGUUUAUCCAGAGAAUCUAGUGAGAAUGAAGGAGGAGAAAGUGAACCUUCAACCCACACCCAGGGACCCUCCUCUGCAAGCCAAGAAGCUGAAAAAGACCAGGCCGAACAGGUAGAGGCUUCUCAGUCCACAAGAGCGGAAGCACUUCAGACACCUACAACCCCCACAAGUUCUGAUCGUCCUCUCAGCCCCAGGCAACGUCGCGCCCAGCAGACCCAAAGAGAGUCAGCAGCCAGCAGAGCAGUUUUCACACCAGUUCAUCAGCCUCAGGAUGAAAGCCACACAGGCUCUGCAGUUCUCAUUGUGGUGCUCACUCUGGCUUUGGCUGCACUCAUCUUCCGCAGGAUCUACCUUGCACAUGAGUACAAAUUUGACUAUGAUUUGUGACCUUCCUCCUGAGUCAACCGCUCGUACUACCAACUCCACAGAACUUUAAUUAGCUGAAGCAGAACCAGAGGUGAGGCAGUGGCUAACAGUGACUACAGCUGCCCUCCCUGGCUGUCCACAGCGGGUUCAGCCUCCACUUAGGGGGAACUUUCAUUCCUCUAAUCGCUAGAACACCUCCAGGGUGUCUUUAAUUCAAUGUGAAUUUUACUUUCCAGAGCAUCUUGCAUUUUUAUGAAUGGGAAGCUUCAUUGUUUGUGACCUGUUAAACCACACACACAACAUGUCCCCUUCCAUAGAAAUUGUCAAUCUUACGGCUGCUGACUGUUUCCAGUAUUGAAAUAACAGAGUAACGUAAAAUGACAACAACAUAGGAUCAGGGGCAGUUGUUGUCUCAUACUAAUUAUUUGAUCAAGAAAGCAUCUGCACAAAAUACAUGUGCUAUUAUGACUUCAUCAUGUGUUUUAUCUUCCUGCAAGGUCAGCUUGGUCACAGUGCACAGGGCUCUGUUUUAAUGGUUUAAGGCUAACAACAAGCACAAAGUUAAUGUGGACAAUUGUUUUAAUUGCAUGGGGGCAUGCAGAACAAUCUGAAUAGCAGAAGCUGCAGCUGCAUCACCGUGUGUCCUGCUACCUUUAGGUGACUGCGGAGAUUUAAUAGACUGAUGUGGAAGCUUUCUGCACACUGUAAAACACCAGUAGUUCAGACAAGGACCAAGACAAAUAUUAAAAAACAAAAUUUAAUAAAUUAAUCUAAAUACAGUACAACAGAGCCUUAUGAUAAAAAGCGUGGACUAUAACACAGUCUAUUCCUUUAUAGGUAUAGAGUGUUUUACUGAUACCUGUACCAAUAUCCUGUGCUAUAAUCACUGUAAUUUGUGUCUGUGUAUUUAUUUGAAAAGAAUACAAAAAGAGUAUUUAAAAUGUUUAAACUGAGAUUUUUCUUCAUUUCCCCCAAAUACAAUAAAUUUAUACUCAUCUUAUACAAAGUUGUCUGUGAAGGUCCAAUUAAUACUGAAUUAUCAGUGCAUCUAAAGAUUUUGUUUGCAACUUGUGCUCCUGAUAAGAUGAUAACCCUUAGCUAAGGGAUUACAUAUUCCAGCAAGAAAAUCGAGAAAACCAAAUGGCAAAUAUAAGAAAGGAUAUCUGCAGUAAAAGUCCAGGUAUAUAACUAAAGGCUAGAGAGAGGAACUUGUGCUUGUAUUGCACACUAGUGCACAGGAUUUUGGUAACGUGCACCAGUAAUGGUAAAGGCACCUGUAGAAAUUAAACACUUGCUUUCAGUAAGUAUUUUAAGUAACUAUUUUAUUUCACCAUAUUCAUUUUUCAGCACAACAAUUGUAAACCACAUUCUUCACAAGUUGUCAUAGCACUAAAGCUCCAUAGUAAAAGACUCUGGGUGCUAAAGCAUUUGUGCAGUCCAGUCAUGUCACCCAAUGACAAAAUUGUAGCUUCAUGAAUCCAAAAUUCACAAAGGAAGCCUCGAGUGUUAUGUUUCUUCACUGUCAUCAUUGGAUGUUAUCUUUGUACUAUUUUCAUUUAAAUAUAGGGUUUAAAUUAAUCGUUACUGUUCUGGAAAUGGGGCUAAAAAUUGAUGAAUUUUUUCAAAGUGGGGUUUAGGAUUAUGCUUUCUUUUCCUCUGAACUUUAACCCUUUAAAGCCUAAAAGAAUUGUCCGAAUAUUUGUUGAACCAUCUGGGAAAUAUGAUACACUAGAUGUUAAGGGGUCAGGUCUUUUAAUGGCUGAAGUGUCUAAUGUCUUGCACACAGAAACAUUUAAGAUCCAUUUCCAUCAGAACACUACCUGCUUUGUGCUGAAGCAUUUGUUAUAUGUUGUGCUGCCACCAAAAUAGAGCCUCCACUGUAAAGCUUCCUAGCAAUCCUGUGUGACUGAUGCAGUAUCAGCUAAAUGCAUGUUUACUGAAGAACAUGAUCAGGGCAGACAGCUUUGAAAUCUUAUUACCAUAGCAAUGUUUAUUGGUGAUGUCAUUUUAAGGAUUACUUGCUCAAACAAGACAGUGUCGUCAGAAACGUCUGCCAAACGUGCAACCAAGUCCUUAAUUCCAACAGAAGUAUGAGUGCCUGGACUCUUCACCUGUCACACCAACAUCACACUUUGUUUCCAACACAAACUCGCUUUUCUGUGGAUUUGUAAUUCCGUUUGUUUCAGUAUCUUUCCUCCUUCGGUACUUCUGUCCCCCCAGCUGUUUCAUGGUGUUUAUAGCACAUGUCUUUGCAUUCAUUUCUUGUUUGCCUUGCAUUCUCUGAAGUUAUUUUUCCCAGUUUUUUUAAUAGACUCAGAAACUGUCUCCAGCAUUUAGUAUUUACCCUUUUUGAUUUAACUUAGAUUUAGAAUUUUAUCAGUCUCAUGAGACUCAGAGGAACAUUGAAGCAAUUUAAAUUUAUUCUUUGCAAAUCAUAGCUGACGGCUUUCUGACACGUAGAACGUCUUGGCUGCAUACAGA